UCAAAAGAACUGUUGCUAUCACCUCUCCAGUCCGAUGACAACUGCGCUGAGGUUCCUCAACUAUGCAGCAGCGGCAGUAGCAGCAGGAGCAAGAGCAGGAGCAGCAGUGGAGAUGUGGUGCUGUGCUCCGGGCUGGAGGACUGAGCGCUCACACAUUCCUCUCAAUCCCCCGCAGUAUGAAUGCGUGUGUGUACAUGGAGGGAGCGUGCAGAAUGUUCAGUGGCCUGUUCUGAUUGGACCGCCUGAUGCCAGGCCACCCCAUGCCCGCCUGUAACCCAGAAGACGACCUCUCACCCCCUCAAGCUCCGCCUCUGUCGGCCAACCACCAUUAGUCUUGAUGAGGAACCCUGCCACCGGUGAUGUGAUGAACAAGUUUGAGGUGCUUGGGAUCGUCGGGGAAGGAGCAUAUGGAGUCGUGCUCAAAUGCAGACACAAGGAAACUAAUGAAAUCGUGGCUAUUAAGAAGUUCAAGGACAGUGAAGAGAACGAGGAUGUGAAGGAGACGACGCUGCGGGAGCUGAAGAUGCUCCGCACACUCAAGCAGGAAAACAUUGUGGAGUUGAAGGAGGCGUUCCGGCGCCGGGGGAAACUCUACCUGGUGUUUGAGUAUGUGGAGAAGAACAUGCUGGAGUUGCUGGAAGAGCUGCCUAACGGAGUGCCGCCUGACAAAGUGAGGAACUACAUCUACCAGCUAAUCAAAGCCAUCCACUGGUGCCAUACGAACGACAUAGUACACAGGGACAUUAAGCCAGAAAACCUCCUAAUCAGCUCAGAGGACGUGCUCAAGCUGUGUGAUUUUGGUUUCGCACGUGACCUCUCGGAAGGAACAGACGCCAAUUACACAGAGUAUGUGGCCACCAGGUGGUACCGCUCACCUGAACUACUGCUGGGAGCUCCGUAUGGGAAGGCGGUGGACAUGUGGUCUGUGGGGUGCAUUCUGGGUGAGUUGAGUGACGGACAGCCCUUGUUUCCAGGCGAGAGCGAGAUAGAUCAACUCUUCACCAUACAGAAGGUUCUGGGACCCCUGCCUCCAGAGCAGAUGAAGCUUUUCUACAACAACCCCCGCUUCCACGGUCUACGGUUCCCUACAGUGAGCCACCCGCAGACUCUGGAGAGGAGAUACCUUGGCAUCAUCAACGGCCCCAUGCUGGACCUAAUGAAGAAUCUGCUGCUUUUGAACCCGAAUGAGCGUUUCCUGACGGAGCAGAGUCUGAACCACCACGUAUUCCAGAGCCAGCGGCAGACCGAGCGACCUGGCCCCCCAACCCCUACACCUAUCCGCUCCUCCAAGAGAAAACCCCACCACGACAACACCGCCCUCAGCAGGAGUCAUGGUAGUAAGAGCUCGGGACAUCACCGUUCCAACAGCCGGGACUGUUCUAGCCUACCGCGUCAUAAUCAGGCCGAGCUGCACCCCCAGAGUGCUGAAGCGUUCCUGAACGGUGCCGUUUCUGCGUCCAGCAGCCUGAGCCCCACACUGCAUGCCAAAUCUUUCCAUUCCCCCCAACCACUUAACCGCUCGGCGUCCUGCGGCAAAGACCUGGCCUCGCUCAGCCCCAAGAAGGCGCGAGCCAAAGCCUCCGACCUGGAAUUUGACUUGCCCAAGGCAUCUGAUGGCCCUGGCGCCAAAUACCUCAAAUCCAAUGCCUCACGUUCCCACAACCGCCACUCGUUUGUGGAGGGCAAGAAUAAUACACUGCAGGGAGAGCGGGAGAAACAUGUACGCCACGGCGAGCCAAUGCCGCUGAAUUCAAGCACUAAAAGCUCUUCGUCUUUUAUGAGUCUGUCUAAGAGCCAUGGCGCGCUGACAGACGCCAAGUCCAUCAGUAACUUGAGCGAUCCACGGCUUCUCCAAGACGAUGCACCGGUUCCCUCGCGAUACUUCCCUUCUAGCUGCCUGGAUCUGAAUGCCAACCUGAACCUGGCCGCGCCCGGCAGCCCCGCCUUGCGUCACAGCCCCGGAGGGCGUGCCAAGUCCGAGCGUCAGGUCGGCAUGGUGGACUCAUCGCUCCGCCGCUCAUCAACACGCCACAAGGGCCAGCAACAGGACGAGGCCAAAGCCACAGAAACCCUGGAUCCUGGAGGAGGAGCCCGUGACUUCCCCUAUGGCCUGGGCUACACCAGCCCUUUCUCGUCACAACAGCGCCCCCACAGGCACUCCAUGUACGUGCGACGGGAGCGCAGUCGACCGCACGGAGCCGAUGUAGGCCUGGCACUGGGGCAGAGUGCUCCCGCUCGUGCCAGCAGCCUCCAGAUGCUCUCGCCACAGCUGCAGCACCGCACACUACCGAGGCACGUGGGCAGCUCCAGCAGCCGUGAUGAUGCUCCUGACGACCUCAGGGCAGCCAUCUAUCACGAGCAGCAUCCAGAGGACGGAGGAUCGUCCAAGGAGAACCGCAUGGUCUACAGUGACUCAAUGCCACGUCGAGUCGGCAGCUUCUACAGAGUGCCAUCUCCUAGACCGGAUAACACUUUCCAUGAGGGCAGCGGGCAGAAUAUGAGCUCAGGGGUGAACAUGGAGAGCAGCAGCCACACCAAACGCCAACCCACUUACGACCCCUGGACGGGGCCUGAGCCGCUGGAUUUGGGCCCUCCAGAGCCAGCCAAAGAGAAGGAGAAGCAAGGCUUUUUCCGAGCAAUAAAGAAGAAGAAGAAGAAAUCUCAAGCGGUGGAUGCUGGAGAAGCCAGAGGUCCUGUGAUCAAGAAAUCUCUUUUUCCACUGUAUAACUCAAAGCUUAGCUUUAAACAUAACUCCUCAGAGAGAGUACUCCCUCUAGUGGCCACGCCCAUGGUACAAAUGACCAUUAAUAUACUGAAUAAUAACACAUCUAACCUAACCACUAACCUUGUGCCAAUCGCAUUGCAUGCUAUUAACAUUAUUAAUCCACGUUUGUUCGGGAAUGAUGACGAGUACUGGCGAGGUAUUUGUGACUCUGUGGUUCACUUGAUCCAUGAGGUUUCUGUCUUAUGGGAGAAAUUGGUAUCCCAGAUACUAAAAAUGUUCACACAGACAUUGUGAUUGAAUUUUAAUACAAUAAAACUAGUUGUUAUGUGUGAAGAGCAUUUAAAUGUGUUAUAGAUUAGAAUGUGAAAGAAGUGAGGCAAAUCCUUUCUAUGAAGGCUGGAUAAUGACCGAUGAAUGCAUUGGGCAUGUUAGAAUUAUUUAUGAAAAGCAUUACAGUUUAUAGCCAUGUUUGUAAUGCAUGUAUAAAUUCCUAACAAUGCAUUAUAAGUGGUGUUUAUAACACUUAUAAUCCUAAUAGUUUGCUGUUAUUAUUAUUAUUAUUAUUAUUAUUAUUAUUAUUAUUAUUAUAAUUAUUAACUAAGUAUCAUAAUCUAAGUAGUAUUUGUAUUCUGACAAAUAUUUUAAACACACACACACACAAAAUAUUAAAUAGACAACAUUUCCAAUAUUUUAUUUCCUCACAAUUUAAUCAAGCCCAAAACUACACUGCAGUUAUCUACAAAGCAAUUUCGAAAUGUUUUAUAGUGUGUUGUAAAGUCGUCGAAUCGUUUUAUUUAUUUUUUGAUAGUCUGUCUGGUGUAAUUUAAUUUAUUAAAGAAAAUAAAACCAAGACAAGUCUCAUAAUGUAGUAUAAAAAAGAUCAUUGGUGAUAUAAUGUGAUGUAACAUGCUGUAAAACACUUGGGGGAUGCUGGACUAGGAAAAUAAUCAAUGACAGGGUGGUGCGAUGGAGCACAACGUGAAGCGGAGUAACUGUACCCCGAAGGUGACUAUUUUUCAAAUACAGCACGUGUCGACAUUAUUUUUUUUCCUCGUAUACGUUUUUUGAUUUACUAAAGAAUGACACCAACUCAAAACGUUUAACUGUUUACAUUUAAUGUUCUGGUACAGUACGUGAAAGUUAGUUCCUGUUAUCGCUUCGGUUAUACCAGAUUCUUACUGUUACA